CACGUGUUCCAUGAAUAAACUCUUUACAUCCAUUAUUGAAUAUCAGAUUUCAUAUUCAUUGAAAAUAGUUACUGAUAUUCAUUGUUUUGAUAAAGAAACAUUAUGAAUGAUAGUUUGAUUGCAGUUAAAACGAUCAAUCCAACAUGGAACGAAAAACGUCAUAAAUUUCUAAUAAUUUUAAUAGUUUUUGGAAUGAUUUCAAAUAUUGUUCUCAUAGUUAUUGUAUCUCUAACAAAGAGUUUAAUUAAAAACAGUUUCAGACGUUCAUCACGAAAAUGUGGUGAAAUAAUAAGAUCAAGUGAUAAAUCUCUUCCACCAAAACAUAUACUUCAAUCUAUAAUAUUAUCAAAAUGUUGUACAAUUUCGAACGAUGAAAAAGAGUUCAUCAUUCAAUCCAAGUCGACACAUUCCUGUUGUGAAUUUGAAAUGAAUUGGGGUUGUUGUUAUUACAAGACUCAAUGUCAUAGUCAUUGUUUCUCAACUUCAUCUAUAGUCACUCCAGUACCAACUACUAUAGAGUUGAAUAUUUUAUCAAGUCAUCGAAAUAGUAGUUAUGCUGAUGAUUCUGUAACAGAAAUUCCAGAAAAAUCAGAAAAUCUAUCUAUUAAUUCAAAAACAAAUUUAGAUCAAUACAAGUUAAAUCAACCAUGUGAAAUAAAUAAAUCUUUUUUUCGAAAUACAAAUCAACACUUAACAAACUAUGAACAAUAUUCCAAUUCUAAUAUGAAUGAAUCAAACUUAAGUGAUAUGAAAUCAAAUCAAGAAUUAACACUACCUAGUACAUCAAUCCAUUACUGUCAUAGAUCUUUAUCUUCAUUUCCUAAUGAACAAACUAUUCCAGAUCUUGAACAAACUGCAUGGUAUAUUUUAUGUUUUUUAAUAGAAAUUUUAGCAUUUGCACAAAUUGGUUAUUUACUAUUUGAAGAUCUGUUACCAUGGAUAUCAAAUUUAUUAAUAUUUUAUUAUAAUUUUAAUAUUAAAUUAAAAUUAAAUAUUAAUUGUCGUUUAAAACGUAUGUUUGGUACAUUUUUUUUAUUAUUUGAAGAAUGGUGUCUAUUUCUAUUUGGUAUUGAACGUGUUUAUAAUAUUUAUUUAUUAAAUCACUAUGGAUUCAAUAAAAAUACCCAAUCAAUAAUGAAUGAACGUAAUCGAUAUAAAUUACAUUUAUUAAGUAUAAAAAUUUGUACAGGUUUAUUUAUUGCAAUUAUAUUCUCUGCAUUAUGUAAUUAUUUAUGGGUAUUUGGACAAUUUCAUUGGAUUAAUUCAAUUAAUUUAAUGAAUCAAACAUAUAAUAUCACAUUGAUAGAAACGGUUACAUGUAAUGUAAGAUCAGAAUAUUUUAAAUUUUAUUAUUCAUUUCUUAUUUAUUUAGAUCCAUUAUUUUCAUUUAUUAUACCACAUUUAUGUUCAUUAUUAUUUAUUAUGAUUAUUCUAUUACAUUAUUGUCUUCAAUUUAUUUAUCGACGAGUUCAAAGAAAUUCUACAAUACAAACAACUAAAAUAUUAACAGAAGAUGAUUAUUUCAAUAGAUUAUCAUCUUAUAGAAGCUUUAAUACUUUCUAUAUAAUGAUUGAUCAUUUGACAACUAUCAUAUAUCUUCUUGAUAGUAUUAUUAUUGUGAUAUUAAAAUUAUGGCGUAAUAUUGAAAAAUCAGUAAUGGUAUAUUUUCAUAUUACAUUCAAUAUGAAUUAUUAUAUGAUUAGAAAUGAAUUGUAUCAUUUAGAAUUAUGUUUAAUACCUGUAAUAACAAUAAUAAUCUAUUUAAUAUUUCAUUAUAAAAUAAGAAAAUAUUGUAAAUAAUCAUAAUCAUAAUGAACCCUCUUGAAAUUUUGGAUUAAUAUACUUUUGAAAAGAGAAAGAAUAAAGAUUCUGACACUUUCAACGAUUUUUCAACAUUCUACUUAAACAAUAUAUAAAGAAGGAAUGAAUCAACGGGAACGAUCUCCUUUCAAUCUGUAUAUAUGAUUUAUAAUAAUAAUAAAAUAAUAUUCAUCGAGUGGAUACGUUUCAUAUUAAUUAUAUAAUGAUAUAUCGAUUAUAAAUUAGAAGAAAGAGGAUUAAUCAUCAUUUAAAGUUGCUAGAUUUUCGAACAAUUACUUUGAUUAUGAUGAAUCCUCUUUCUGCCAAUUUAUAAUCGAUAUAUCAUUAUAUAACUAUUACGAAACGUAUCCACUCAAUGAGUAAUAUUUUAUUAUUUUAAAUCAUAUGUAUAUAGUAGUACAAAGCCAUGAUGAGUAACUAAUUGAAACUAAAUCUCUUCGCUUGAUUCGUUUCUUCUUUAUUUACCGAAUGUCAAACUGAGAAUUUUUACUAAAUUUAUAUAUAUAUAUGUAUGUAUUUUUGAUUGAAUGUACGAAGAAAAAAACAAAAACAAAGUAUUUUAUUUGACUGAGUUUAUUUGACUGUUUUCCAUUCGUGUCUCUUCUCAAUUCUAAAUAAAUGGAUAUGACCAGACUAUAAUUUAUAGAU